AUGGCUCGACAUUAUCAGACCCUCAACCCCGCCACUGGCAAAGUCGUCCAGGUCUUUCCACAAAUAUCCGACCAAGACGUCCAGACCAUCCUGAACAAAGCCUCCGACCGGUACGAGAAUGACUGGCGCUUCCGCUCCGUGGCCGACCGGGCCAGUGUCGUGGCAAAGGCCGCCGCGAUCCUGCGACAGAAAACCGACGAGUUGGCCGGCUAUAUCACGCUCGAGAUGGGCAAACUGAUCGAGCAGUCGCGCUUUGAGGUCAAGCUGUCGGCCGACAUCCUGGAAUACUACGCCACCUAUGCCGAAGACUUCUUGAAGGAUCGCCCCGUGCCCAAUUCGACACACAAUGCCAUCAUCAGCACCGAACCCGUCGGCGUUCUGCUGGCCAUCGAGCCGUGGAACUUCCCCUACUACCAGCUGGCUCGGGUGGCCGGCCCCCAGCUGGUGGUGGGCAACACGCUGAUUGUCAAACACGCCCGGAACGUGCCGCAGUGCGCAUUGGCGUUUGCGCGAGUCCUCGAAGAAGCCGGCGCCCCCGACGGCGUCUACAACAACAUCUUCUGCGGGUUCAACCAGAUCAACACAAUCAUCGACGAUUUCCGCGUGCGUGGUGUCACCCUGACGGGCAGUGAGAAGGCCGGUGCCGCCGUGGCCGAGCGGGCCGGGCGCCAGUUGAAAAAGGUCGUGCUGGAGCUCGGCGGGAGCGACCCUUUCAUCGUGCUGGAAGACGCAGACAUUGAAGACGCCGUCGCCCACGGCGCAGAGGGCCGGCUGGUGGUCAUGGGCCAGUGUUGUGUCGCCUCCAAGCGGUUCAUCGUGGUGGGCCAAGAGCGUGGCCGGCGCUUCCUGGAACAUUUAACCAAGGCUUUCGCCAGUCUCAAGGUCGGCGAUCCAGCCGACAGUUCCACCAGCAUUGGCCCGUUGGUGUCAGAAGAAGGUCUCGACACACUACUCAAGCAGAUCGAGUCUGCCAAAGCUCAUGGCGCCCGCGUGGUGACGGGAGGAAAACGCAUCGACCGCCCGGGCUUUUAUGUCGAGCCGACUGUCAUCACCGACAUUACCGAAGACAACCCUCUGUUCCAGGAGGAGACAUUCGGCCCCGUCGUCUCCUUCUACAUCGUUGACAACGAAGAGCAGGCGAUCAAACUAGCCAACGCAACCAAGUUCGGGCUGGGUGCCUCGAUCUUCAGUCGGGAUACGGCGCACGCCCAAGCGGUGGCCAAGAAGAUAGACAGCGGCAUGGUGUCGAUCAAUGCCACAGGACAAUUUUCCGCAGAGCUACCGUUUGGAGGGGUCAAGAACUCCGGUUUCGGUCGAGAACUGGGCGAUCUGGGCAUUGGCGAAUUUGUGAAUCGCAAAAUCAUUCUGACCCGGCCGUAG